CUUGACCUAUCCGGGCGGGGCGGGGAAGACGAAAAGGUGGUGGUGAGGCUGGGCCUUUCCGGGGGCGAUGCCGUCUGCAUUCUCAGUCAGCAAGUUCCCCGUCAGUAUCCCCGCCGUGAUCACGCAGACCGACUGGACGGAGCCCUGGCUCAUGGGGCUGGCUGCCUUCCACGUGCUCUGCGCGCUGCUCACCUGCUUCUCAUCGCGGAGCUAUACGCUGCAGGUGGGGCACUUCCUGUGCCUGGUGACCUUAGUCUACUGCGCGGAGUACAUCAACGAAGUGGCGGCAGUGAACUGGAGGUUGUUCUCGAAAUACCAGUAUUUCGACUCGAGGGGCAUGUUCAUCUCCAUAGUGUUCUCGGCGCCCCUGCUGCUCAACGCCCUGGCCAUCGUGGUCCUGUGGGUGCGCAAGACCCUGACCGUGAUGACCGAGCUGAGGACCCUGCAGGAGAGGCGGAGAGCGAGGAGCAGACCCAAGGAGGAGUGACGGCUCGGAGCCGGCCCCGCGCGAGCAUUCUUCAGACCCCGUCCGCUCCUGGAACGCACCUAGACCAGCUUCUAGGACAGAGUUUACCGCACGUCCACCAGGGCCCUCGCCGGGCCUGCAGGGGCUCCCGUCUC